AUGGCUGAGGUGGCCGGCCUCGUCACCGGCCUUGCCGGCCUCGUCAGCAACUGUGUCGACUGCCUUGAGUACAUCCGACUUGGCCGCAAUUUCGGACGUGACUACCAGACGUGCCAACUGAGGCUGGACGUUGCCAAGACACGCCUGGGAAGAUGGGGCGAGGGCAUCAAGGUCAAUCAGGAUUUUCCUUCCGUCACAGAGUCAUCGCCGUCGGGCGACCAGCGGUUCCAGCUUGCCCGAUCGAUCCUGGAACAAAUAAUGCUCCUUUUCGAGUCUACUCAGAAGACGUCUCAGCGAUACGAGAGUGUUGCAGAGCAGCGCGAUUUGGUGCUGUUCGACGAAGACGAGAUGAAACCCAUCUUCCGAGGCCUGCAUAACCGACUGAAGUCUCUUGCCCGCCGGAGGCAAAAGAACACAAGCUUGUGUAAGAAGACGGCGUGCGCGCUGUAUGAUGCGAAGAGCUUUGACAGGCUUCUGGACAACAUCACCGCCUUGGUUGAGGAGCUGGAAAAAUUAUUUCCGGUAGAUGUCGAUUGUCGCAGACUGGCCCAGUCUGAGAUCGAGGGUGUCGAGGACGAACAGAGCUUGACAGCAUUGCGAGAUGCGGCUGAUGGCGUUGACAAGACCUUGUCCGAGGCGGUUAGUCAGAAGAUUGCGACAAUUCCGGGAAGGAACUACGCCAAGGACGUCAAGACCGAAGACCGUGCGAGAGUUCAAGUGGGCCAUCAGUUCAAUGAGAUUCUGGGGCUUAUCGGUACAGAACAGACCACAAAUUCAGUAGAGACCGUGGUGGCCAAGGGCGAGUCUAGGAUACAGAUUGGGAGCAGGUUUGGUGGCCGGGGGAUCUUUGAUGAUUAA